GCGGGAAAUGGAGGAGUCCGUGAGAGCGCUGCUUGGAAGCGCGAGCAAGGAUGACGCCAGAGCCUCUGUCGAAGAGGAAAGCGACAUGACUCACGCGGAAGAUUUAGUGUUCUCUCCGUAUGUGUGCCAGUCGAUUGUUAUCGGUCAUCCUCAUCCCGGUACAAUCUCGGAAGCAGCUCUGCUAUCGACCGCGCAAUUGCCUCCAUGCACAUAUCCAGUGGAUGCUUUUCCGACUGAAUUGAUUGAGCAAGGCAAGCUGACAAACUUGCAACUAGAAGGUGUUUUGUAUGCUUGCAUGCAACACCAGCGUAUCCUGCCGAACGGGUCCCGCAGUGGAUUCUUCCUUGGGGAUGGGACUGGUGUUGGGAAGGGAAGGCAAUUAGCCGGAAUUGUGUUGGAGAAUUUGUGUCGAGGGCGGACGAAGCACCUGUGGUUCAGUGUGUCAAAUGACCUGAGAGUUGAUGCUGAGCGAGAUCUAAAUGACAUUGGGUGCCACGUCGAUGUCAUCGACGGCUGCCAGCAAUUGGAGAAAGAAAGAACCAAAGGAUUCGGCAUCUCGUCCAAGACUGGCGUGUUGUACAGCACCUACUCGACGUUAACGUCCAACUACAACCAUCCAACCAAAUCCCGUCUGCUUCAAAUUGUGGCAUGGUGCGGUGGCGAAGCAUUCGACGGUUGCAUUCUCUUUGAUGAGUGUCACAAAGCCAAGCAUGGAGAAUUGAGUGACAAGAAUGCCACGGCGUCAAAAAUUGCACAGGCAGUCCAGAAAAUUCAGACUCUUCUGCCCAACGCCCGUGUAGUCUACUGCAGUGCUACGGGCGUUGGCGGUAUCGAGCACAUGGCCUACAUGUCACGUUUAGGGCUGUGGGGACCGUCAACGGCAUUCCACGGCUUCAGUGAGUUCCUGCGCACCAUCAAGAACCGAGGCAUGGGGGCAAUGGAAAUGCUCGCGAUUGAAAUGAAACUUCAAGGCAAGUACUUGUCGCGUGGUCUAAGCUACACUGGUGCCGAGUUUGAACUGGACACCGUGGCAUUGACGGAUUCGCAGCGCCGAGUGUAUGACAAUGCCGUGGCGUUUUGGAAUAUCUUGAUUCCUUGUAUGGAACGGGCAGCGAAAAUCACUCGAGUGCAAGGCGAUGUGCUUCGAGUGAUGUGGGGUUUUCAUCAGCGUUUUUAUCGCCAAUUGUGUAUGUGCAUGAAGGUUCCAUUCAUUGUGUCCACAGUUCGAGACUGUUUGGCCUCGGGGCAUUGUGCAGUCAUUGGCCUUCAAACAACGGGCGAAGCUAGCAUGGAGCGCUCGAACCUUGCCGACUCAAAAAGCGACACACUUGUUUCUCUCUGCGAGCGCAUCUUAAUCGAUUUGGUGACGCUGCAUUUCCCCACCAAGAUCAAAUUGGUACAACCAUCAAAGUUCGCAUCCACGGCUUCGAACUCAACGGACAUCACAAAUUCAUUUUUGCUGGCAACCGAUCGGGUGUACCAAGCAGAUAUCGGCCCCGAUUUGGUGCAACCUGAAGGUGUGCAAGACAGUGUGGUGUGUGUGGAUCUCAAGAACGCACUGCUGGCCAAAAUUCCAGCGUUAAAAUUGCCCCCAAACCCCUUAGAUCACCUGUUGGAUGCGCUGGGAGGUGAAAGUCACGUUGCGGAACUGACUGGACGUCGGCAGCGACUCGUUUUCUCGAAUGGACAGUAUGUCGUCAAGUCACGUGGAUUGAAUUUGGAUCAAGCGAAUCAAGACGAACGGCAAGCGUUCAUGCGUGGACAGAAGUUGGUCGCGAUUAUCUCAGACGCAGCCAGUACGGGGAUUUCCCUGCAUGCAGAUAGACGCUGCCAAAACCAACGGCGUCGCGUCCACAUCACGCUAGAGUUGCCGUGGAGUGCGGAUAAAGCAAUUCAGCAGUUGGGAAGAACCCAUCGGUCGAAUCAAAGCUGCGCUCCAAUUUACAAGCUCGUGACCACUGAUUGUGGUGGCGAAACGAGAUUUGUCGCUGCCGUCGCCAAGAAAAUGAUGACGAUGGGAGCGUUGACGAAAGGUGAUCGCAGAGCCGGCAGUGGUCAAGAUUUAUCUGGUUAUCAUUUUGAGACAAAGUACGGGUUUCAGGCUGUCCGAGAGCUCCUUCGCUGUGUCUGCAAUGGAUUAUUUGUCGAGGGUGUGGAUAUUCCAGCUUUGAUCAAGGCACAUCCUGCCCUCUUGUCCUCCCAGCACAUGAACGAGAUUUUGAUUGCAAACCUCCAGAGCAUUGGGCUCUUCCCCCCUGUUCAGACUGUCUCGGUCAAGUUGUUCUUGAAUCGCCUCCUUGGCCUGGCACCAGCCCUUCAAAAUGCUCUUUUCCACUACUUCGAAAAGACACUCCAGUCUGUGAUCGCAAAAGCCCAGCAAGAAGGCAAGUACGACGAAGGAUACGACGAUAUCAAAGGGCGCAAAGCUGAGCUCAUGCGUGAAACGAACCUUGGAAGCAACGUCACGUACUCUCACGUCAUGGUCGAUCGCGGUAUCAGCUGGGAAGACGCAUUGUCCAUCUACGAGAACGUGUCAAGUGAGUACAAGGCGAGUUAUUACAUCAGCGACCAGAAGUACUUUGGCGAGUAUUUGUACAUUUUGAUGAUCACGGGCAGUCGUUCGUGUUCUGUCAUCCGUCCCAACUCGGGAUACAUGUUUUUGGAGGCCACCAAGAUCGAUGACAUCCGAGACAAGUACACGUCGAUCCCACCAGACAAAGCCGAACGGGGCUGGAAACGCAUUUUUGACCGCUGCGAGACUCGUUGUAUUCACACGAGCGGGUGCAAACAAGGCGAGUCCUGUCGUGUGGGGAUUCGGAAAUUGCAGUACCACCUCCUCAGCGGAUCGUUGCUUCCGAUUUGGAAACUCCUGGAACAAUUGAUCUCAAGUCAUGCCGACGUGCACAACCGUGCCCUCCGCAUCGUCCGCAUCACGUUGACCAACUCAGCGAAACAAAAACUUGUCGGGGUGAAUUUCCCUCCUGAUUUGAUCACGACCCUGCAAGCAAUGCUAAUCACAUUGGCGGCCAACGCGUUCACCCAAGUGGAACCUGUGACUCCGAUCCACAUGAAGACGAAAGAGCGUGUGGGCAGAGCGAAACGCACGAUUUUGAAUUUCUUCUCACCGCAAGUGAAUGGGACCACAUCUAAACGCCAGCGACGUGAUGAGUCCACAUCAACCAGCCAUUCUUCGACGACAGCUCUGUCCAGUUUGAUCACACCCGCAAAGAAAAUGAGCGUUGCCAAGAAGGCAUCCCCUCCGACCAAGCAACACAGCGUAUCGGCCUUUUUUUCUGCCAACGUGAACAGCAACGAAGAGUUGGUGAAGUCCCAGUCGUUGCCACCCCCAACGAUGUGCAUAGAUUUGGUCAGCAGUGAUGAUGAAGCGUAAGAUAUCUGAAAUGCAACCGAGGCUGUGUUGUGGUGUAGGGACCGAUUUGUUACCCCUUGUCGUCGACAUGAUAUGAAUUCAACGCUUUCGAACAGACGAAGGCUCAUUCUUUGUCGGAAUUGCAGCGUUGGCGACCACCACACCAAGGCGGUCGUUCACGGGAACGAGCGCUCGGUGAGUUCAAGGCGGAUGGUUUCUUGCAGCAUCUUGAACACGGCAGGGAACGCCAUGAGGUCCGUCGGGUUGGAUUCCACCCACAGAGCAUCAAACAUGGAGAAGACCAUGCCUAUUCGUCCAUGCAUCGACAGCAUGAAGGCACGAGGAAGGUCGCGAGUCGCGAGUCGACCAGACGUUCGCGCAUGACAUCCACAACAAAACUGCAAAGACGGAAGGAAGCAUCGAAAGACUUUGCAAAGGGAUACCACUGCGUCGGGUGGCUCGCAUGCACGAGCGCACUACGAAACAAGAGAAGUGUGUGUCUCACCAUGGCAGGCCCAUGCGAUGGUACCGUCGCGCUUCCACAGGGUAAUGCUCCGUGUAGUACACCAGCUGCUUCAACGCGAGUAACCCCAUGCUUCUACAACGCAUCCUCGAG